AUGUCCGCCGUCACGCCAAAGUCAGAGGUUCAAGCAAUGUUCAAAGGGACCAAGAUUCUACUCCCAGACAUCCCCAGUACCCUGCCAGGCUGGCGAGUGACUGAGAGAGAGGACUGUAGCCCCUAUGUAAAGGAAGCUAUCAAUUCGUGGGCAAAAAGGUUCGUCGCGCGCCCCUACUGCCUGAAAACUCCAUAUUGUGUCUACAUGACCAGUAACAGCCCCUACAGCAUAAGCCAAGACGAAGUCUUUCUUAAAAAGACCGCCGCAGCAAAAUUCGGACUUGUCGCACAGUUCUUGUAUCCAGACGGCGAUGAGGAAGCCCUUGCUACUAUUGCCUGUUUUUACGCCUGGGUGUGGGCAUGGGACGACGUCUUUGAUACCCAAUUUGAAGGUGUUGACAGCAUGCAAAUCCGGGAAGAGACAACUCUCAAUUUUGAAUAUCUACUUGCCGACCCACCGGGGGCUAAACCGUCCGUUGUCUCUCCCCUUAACUCUUCCUUCUCCUGGUUUGCAGGUCGUGUCAAGAAUAAGAUGUGUAAAGAACCUCGUGAGCGCCUGCUGCGUGGUCUGAAGGAAUUUGUCCAUAACGUUACCAGCUGGUAUGGAAGACAGGAUGAUAACGUGCCUACAUUAUCGGAGUACUAUGUCAUGAGGCGAGAAUGCGUAGGUGUAUCACCAACUAUCGACCUUAUAGAAUACUGCUAUGGCCUGGACAUCCCACCGACAAUGGUAGGCCACCGCGCCUUUCAGCAGAUUUUGGAAAGAACAAGAGACAUAGUUAUGAUCUCAAAUGACAUGGUUUCACUUGCCCGGGAACUUCGCGCAGGACACGUCGAUAAUAUUGUAAGUGUCCUGGCGUAUCACGAGGGUAUGGGUCCACAGGAAGCAAUGGAUCAUGCAGCGGUACUGCUUCGACAAGCACACGCAGACUUUGAGAGUGCUGAGCGAGAUCUACCUCUACCGUCUGGGAACGACACAUCGGAUGAAGAGGUCCGCAAGUUCGUAUUGGGAUGCAAGGAUAUCUGUGCUGGUCUUAUGAAGUGGAGCAAUUAUACUGGGAGAUAUUUUGGGGAGAACCCAACCUACGAGGAUGGUAAGAUUUUGGUUCGUUUUUGA